AUGGAUAUUGAUGAACAAUGCCAGCUAUGCAGAGGGGCACCAGAGACAAUCAACCAUGCAUUCUUUGCCUGUCCUUUCUCAGGAGCCAUUUGGUCGAGGUUGCUACAAUGGCUCAACAUCAAUAGAAGCAAUAUGGAGUGGACUGAUGAACUAAAGUGGGCUGAGACAUGGUGCAAGGGAAGAAGUAGUAAGGCUGAAGUGUACAAGAUUGUGCUUGCAGCAGCUGUGUACUAUGUAUGGCAGGAAAGAAACAAUAGGCUAUUCCAGAAGAGGUCCAAGGGAGUCGAUGGUGUGCUAAGACAAAUUGCUCAGGAGGAGGAUGGUUGUAAGAAGAUAUUCACCAGAAUAGGGCCUGUCCUAUGUCCUACUCUGGGAAAUUUUGAUGAGCUGUAA